AUGGCGUCAUACCCGCCGCCCCCUUCGUACAUGACGCCAGAGUGGGCGCAGUUCCUCGAAGCGGACAUCGACCGCAGCGGGCAGGUGGACGGGACAGAGCUGCAAAACAUGCUCGCCGCGGGGGGUUUGGUGUUCUCUUUACAAACCGUGAUGCAGAUAAUCCGCCUGCACAACUCGCGCGACAGCGGAACCCUCGACUUCGCCGAGUUCAAGCAGGUGCAGCAGUUCCUCUCGAACGUGCAAGCCUCAUUUCAGUACUUCAACCAGAGCAAGUCGGGGCGGCUGGAUAAGAGCGAGGUGCUCCGCGCACUGAACCACGCUGGGUUCGGGCACGUCGACGAAGGGGCGGUCAAGGCGGCGUGCCAGGCUUUCGACCCGGACAGGACCAAUUCGCUUUCCUUGGACCAGUACAUUUCCCUUACACUGUUCCUCUUGAACUCCAAGCGGGUGUUUGAGGCGUUUGACGCAACCACGCCGGAGAACGGGCUCAUAAAGCUCGACUUUAACCAGUUCGUGUACGCGGCGGCCAAGACGAGGUGA